CAACAACGUUAUCCUCUAACAAAGAACCUCCUCCCGUUAUCCAUUGCCGUCCACAUAUUUCUGUCGAACAACAAACGCCUCAUGGAUCCUCCAUCCACCGACCUUCCAAAACCCCCAGUCCCUUAUGUCGAGGGCUGGGUUUUCACCGCCGAGUCACACAUUCCUCCACCGCCUACACCAGUAACCAAAGACUGUUGCUGCAAUUUUCAAACUGGCAGGGCAGAGAGAAGACAAUUUCAUCCACUUGAGCGGUGCUUGCGGCAUCCUCCUUUGCCAGGAAGCAUGGGAUCAUGCAUCGUCGACUUGAAGAUUCUUGAUUUAUUGAGAGUCGGGGAUGGCUGCAAUGCGCAAGUUUUCACUGUUGAGGUUCUUGCAGUUAGACCUCAUCCUCCAUGCUUUCAGUCAGAUAGAGCAUUGGUUGCCAAAAUAUAUGACCCUCUUUAUUUCGAUGAUGAAGAAGGAUUUCUUAAUCCUUUUCUUUGUGUGGACAAACACUAUACCCACGAAACCCAUGCAUAUGAUGUUCUGUCUGAGUCACAGGGGAAACAAGUACCCAGGUUCUACGGAUCGUAUUCAUUGAAUAUUGCUGUUGAGGGGUCUAAAAUCCGGACUGUUCGACUUAUUCUGCUGGAGUAUAUACCAGGGAUAUCAAUGCAACAAGCCAAUCCACAAAAGUUUUCUUGCCAUUCUCGCCAAGAGAUCAUGAAAUCGGUUAUCAACUUCGAAAGUCGAGUGUAUGAGCAAAAUAUUUUACUCACGGAUCUAAGCCCUAGAAAUGUCAUCAUGGUAGAGAAGCCCGGUUGUGAUUCAAAACAAAAUCUCCUGUUCCUUGACUUUGCUGGUGCUCUUUUCGGUCGGAGAAGAAAUGAUCCAGUCGCUAUUGAAUCAAACCUGUUCCUUGGUCAGUACAUUUCACCUCUUCUACGGUGGAAUAAAACUAUGGCUAUGCAAUUCAAUGACUGGAUUGAUUGGGAUUGGGAAGCCUGGAUUGAAGCCGAGUACGCUUAUACUACUACAACAAUCACACCGGAAAUGUGGGACACAUACGGUCGAUGACUUGUCGUUAUCGUUGCUCACGUCUCGCGCGGUAGAGGCCCAUCGUGGGAGGCCUUAUUUACCAAUCUAAUGCUUGCUUUUUUCUUCAUACUUGAUCUCGGUAAUCGCAUCUGAUGACGAGAAUGCCGGUCAUAACGCUGAACGCGUAUGUGGAUCUCCAGAGAUUGCUAAGGAGAGGUGCAAAUAGUUGACAGGGGCAUGCUGGCGAGACGAUGCCGCUAGAAUAGUUUGAAAUCAAAAGGAGAAUACGGAUCAGCAAUAAGGUGCCAAGAAUAUAUUUGAUAAAAUAUCACACUUGGUAGUUUAUAAACAUUUAGAUCUGACUGUCAAAGUUCAGGUUCAAGCCGUUUUGUGGUCUGAUAGAAGUGUAAAAUCGGAUAGCUCCCUACAACUGGGGCAGAAUUCAUCCAGCACCCGGAAUUUCUAAUUUUCCAGAUGCAAAGGCAAGGAUUGAGUAAACCAAUCAUUUGCUUUGAUUUAACAAAGUACAACCAGGAACAAACUGUACAAAUGAAAAUCUAACAUGGGCAUCAGAUAGUAAAUACAGGCCGGCAGCACAUAGAAGGAGCCGCCUCCGAUUCCAUUGCAUUCUGAAUAAUAUUGUUAUCCUUCAGGAACAAUGCAGCCAGACACGAUGUUUUGGCUUCUUUCCCUGUUCUGAAGCGCCGUUUCAGCUAGUUGCAAUAUAUCUCGGAACAGUGAUUGUGAGUCUUCAGACUUGCGUCUUUUUGAAGGAUAAACUGUAUUAUGAUAAGUGCCAAGCUGGUCUCAUCCAGUGCUGAGACUAGCUGGCAGUUCAAAAUUGGAAUUUUUACGCUCUAUCCAUUGAUUAGCCAUGUCUAAAUGAGAAAAUGAUGGUUGUCAUACGCUGAUAGAAGACUGGUGCUGUUGACCUAUUUGCUGUAGAUUUGACAGCUGAUCCGCUGUUAAGCUGCCACACUCACAUACUGGGUAAAAUGUUGACUCACUCAUCGUAGAUGAGUAUUCAUUCUGUGUAGUCAACACACUUGAGAUUGAUCUAUGUUGAGACAAGGAGGUGAAAGAGAGAUUAAUCUCUUAAUACUGAGAGAUUUUAUCUGAGUACUCUGUCAGUGAAGAAAAUAUUGAGAAAUGAGAAUGAAUACAUGUCAUGAAGAAUCUUAAACUCUCUACACAUCAGCCUCUCUUCUUCAAGUGUAUUCAUGAUAUUCAAAAUCUCACAUAAUCAAUUCAUCUCUUCUUCUUUCUCUGCAUCCUUCUUCAACAUCUUUAUCAGACUGUCAAGUACUUUCACACUUGAUUGCAUUCAUGCUACAGUAGAAUAGCUCAUUGAUAGAGUGAUAACAGCAUUGUAAUAACUUUCACAUAACUCAUGAACUGUUUGAAAUCUCACAGCAUUCAAUUUCUUUGAAUAUUUUGUUCUUUUACUGUAGUAUUCUGAGUGUUUUGACAGC